AUGAACGAAUCAGAUAAAGAAUUGGUGAAAUUUCUAAAACUGAAUUAUAGUCUUCGUUAUAAGAAUGGAGACUUUAUUCCUUCCAAACCAUGUGUUGAUGGGGGUCGAUUGGAAUUAGAAAAACACACUCAAAUAUUGAUAUAUGAACCAACUCAAGAGAUUCUGUUAAAUUCUACGUGGGACUUAUUGGAAGUUAAAUUGAAUGAUGAUAAAUUUGAUAAAAUAAAUUAUCAAGCACCUCUACUUGCAAAUACCGAUGUCAAGCUUAUUAUUCCGGUACUUAGAAUUACUUAUUUUGGAGAAUCUUUUGUUGAUAUCGAGUUGUCUACGGAUAAGCAUCCAAAAAAUCCUAAUGAUGACGCAGAUAGAGAAACUCAUCAAGAAUUUCUUUCAAGAAAGGUAUUAGUCGGAGGAUCUUUGAUCAUUAGAAACGUUUCAAUGUACAAUCCUUUAGAACUUGAUCAGCUGAAGGCACAUUUAUCAUGGGCCAUUAAUGAAACAUGUUGGAAAAGCAGUAAUUGUUUCAAGUCUGCAAUGUUGCAAUUAAAAUUGAAAAACAUUGAAGAUUUAAAUGGGAAUCCUAUCACCGACAUGAAGGUUUUGGCAGAGUAUCUGAAUCAAAUAUACAAAUUUGAGACUGCUUCUGUUAUUGCAUAUGAAAGUGUGAUUUCUGCCGAUAAUACUUCCCUCGAAAUUGUUAAUCGUUUGAUUCCGGGAGUCAUGAAACAUCACGAAGAAAUUACCUUCGAUCAUUGGAUACUCGAUAAUAUUUACUUGAAUUUACCACUCUGGAUUAAAGAAUAUCAAUUGGAUCAUGGCAUGGUGUUAACCUCUUAUGGGCUUAUACCUGGGAAGAAACCUGCUUUAGAAUUUUUGUCUGUUCCAUCAAUUAAAUCGUACAAACAAAGCAAUCAAACAAAAAUGAAAAUUUCACAUUCUAUUAUACAAAAAGAGUUGUUAUAUUCUAAACUUUAUAUUGAUUACUCUCACAAAAAAAUUAAUUUGGAAGAAAUUCCAUUUAUAUCACCUUUUAAUACCAUGAUCGCUAAUGUUACGCAGUGUAUUAUCUUUCAAGAAGAAGUUAUUGUUACCAUAUUUAGCGAAACCUCCCAAGAAAAGCAAACAAUCAAACCAUCUCAACAAUUGGUUAAUGAUAUCAAUGAGGCUUUAAAUAACAUAAAUCCAUACAAAUCAUUGACCAAAGUUUUUUCAGAAUAUGGUCACCUGGUUUGUGCGGAGAUUACUAUGGGAGAAAGAUUAGUUAUUACAAACCAGUUUGUAACUCAAAAGGAAUUCUGUCAAAAAUGGAUCGUGUCAAGAGAUUGUGCUAAAACUAUGUUGGUGAAACUACUAGGAAAAUUCAACAUUGAUGUUCCAAACCACCUUAUUGCACAUGACCAUUCUGUUAAUCUAGAUGAAAUAGAAACUUGGUUAAAUGGUAUUUCCACGAAACCAAAUUUAUGGUCUUUAGCAAAUCAACCAGAACUAAUUCCAUUAUAUAAAAUUCUUGAUGAUGAUAAUGUCAAGAGACAAAUUGACAAUUUAUUAGAAAAUAAACAAAAGAUUCUUAUGACAGGGGUUACAAAACUUAGUAGUUAUAAAACACGCUACUACCGAGUUAAUUUUGAUAAUCAUCUAAUGAGCAAUGAUUAUCGAGUUAUAGGAUCUGUUGUUAUGAAUGACAAAAGAUUAGAUUUAAACGUAAAAUUCCAGAUGAUAGAUAUCCAUGGGUUCUCGAUAAUGAUAGAAGAAUAUAAAAAUUUAAACAAAGAAAUCGAAGGGGAUUUUAAAGUAUUUUGGCAACUAAUUGGCGAACCAAAGGCUGUUGGAUACUUCAGCAAUCAUACCAGAGAUACCAAAAUAUUUUGUGAAGAAUUAAAGGUUAAAAUUUCACAAAGAAAAACUUCACGUCGAAUUUAUGUAGAAGAAGACUUAUCUCCAGGAUGUAUUAUUGCAACUUCUAUCCAAUAUCCACCCUCUAAUUAUGAGCCUAUACUUCAAGUUAUCGUGAAAUCAUGGUCUAGUAAAUGGAUUGACUUAGAUAUUAUCCAUCACUCAUUUGAGUCAUUGUUUGUAUUUGUAACUGUACAAUUGUACGCGAUUAAUCCCAAUAAACAAGAAUCUAUUAUCGCAGAUUUUGGCUGUGAACAAGAUAAGCAAGUUUCAUGGAAGUUUAUGGGGCAUAAACUGAUGCCAGAUAACACCACAAUGCCUAGAGUUUAUCCGAAAUGUGAUUUAACGAAUGAAUUUGAAGAACGAUAUCAAAUUAUAAGGAGUUGUAGCUAUGGUAAAAUCGCUAAUUUGUAUAAAGCCUAUGAAGUUAAUAAACCAAAAGUUCAUUAUUUGAUAAAAGAAUACAAAUGCAACACAAGAGAUGCAUUUUACAGAGAAUUACGGAUGUUAGAUGAAUUAAAAAAUACAGACAAUAUUAUUCAAAUGAUAAAUAAUUAUCCAUCACAAGCAACUAUUAUAUGCGAGUUUGCUUUAUAUGACCUAGAAACAUUUUUAAGCCAUCAAGAUAAUAUUCGAAGACAAGCAGAGAAAAUUGACAUAAUAAAGGAUAUUGUAACGGGUCUCUCAGAACUUCAAAAAUAUGACAUCGUACAUACUAAAUUAUCACCAAAAAAUAUAAUGCAUUUUCAAGAAAAGAACGGUUAUAAUGACAGGUGGAAAUUGGCUAAUUUUGACGCAGCGUGUUUUGACGAUAGUUCAGAAUAUAUAAAUAUAAUAAAAAACUAUUCGGCUCCUGAAAUUAUAAGAGCGUAUGAUAAAGGAAUUAAAAUAAGAGCCAAUUUUGCAAUGGAUAUGUUCUCUUUUGGACUAAUUUUAUAUUUUCUUGAAACGGGAAAUCAUUAUUGGGAUGGAAAGAACGAUGAAGAAAAAGUUGGAAUGAUUUCAGUAGAAUAUUUAACGAUUCGUGAUAUUCGUGAUUCUGCUGCUUGCGACGCUUUAAAAAAGUUGCUUAACAAAAACAUUUCACAUAGAAUGACAUUGGAAGAAUUUAUGAAAACGACAUACUACACCAGUGAAUCAGGUAAGCAAAAUGUAGAAACAGAGCGUGUUUAUCAAAAUUUCAAUGCUUCAACCAGUAAAUCGGCGAACAUUUAUAAUAGCAUUGAAUAUGAUUUCUCUAAAGGUGAUGACGAGACCUUUGGUGAAGAGUUUCAAGGAAAAUUGUUGCAGGUAGAAUGUCUAUGUUUAGCCAUAUUGGAUUUAUCUGAAUUAACAAAGAAAAUCCCACAAUGGGCCAAGUUAACAAACGAAAAAGUCCCACAAGUGUUCAUUAUGAUCCCUGAUCGAAAAGGGACAUGGUUGUUUUCAAAGCCAUUUCGCCUUUUAUUUGUCUGUGAGCACAAGAAAAAAUGGCACAUUCCAGAACAAGAAGUUUACAAAGUUCUUAAUAUCUCUCAGUUCAUAAAAAAAUAUGGAUCCUGGAUAAAUCUAUGUUUACAAAAAUUAAUGUGUGAACUGAAACCGAAUGACUUUCCACCAGACGUUGCUAAUAUUCUAACGUCAAUCUUUAAUAUAUCUGGUAAUUCUGAUCUGAUGAAAUAUUUUCAAGAAAUUAUUGACAUUGUGGAUGUUGGUAUAAAAACUAUCAUCGAUGAAAAUCCAGACUUUAUUCCUUUGAAUAAAGAAGUUUAUAUUCCUCAUCAAAUGAUAAACAAUUCAGGUCUCCGCGAACUCAAAGGAUUUCUUGAUAAACAAAAAAGUACAGAUUAUUUUGGCGGAUUGAUACAAUGUGUUGAUGAUGAAACACAAGAGAUUUUAUGGUUAUGUGAAGAGCAUAGAAAUGGUAUUAGAUCUAUUGAAAAUACUGAACCAUCAUUCCGAGAUCGUGAUUUUGCGAAAUAUAUAAAUGAUCCAUUAGAUCCAUUUUUUGAAUUGGAUAAUUUAUGUAAAAUACUUGGCGAAGUAAUAAAUAACGCCGUUGCAUCUGGAAAUAUACUUUUUAUAAAUGAUGAGUUUAAGGAAAUUGCACAACAACUAUAUGAACAUAAGAAUAGAUUUAGAAAUAUAUGUCUAGAUUGGCAUGAUAUUACCGAGAAAGCUCAAUUUAUUAGUAUCAUAAAAAAUCAAGUACAUAUAUAUAUUCAUCUUCUAAGUUGUAUUGUUGAUGAUUUUAAUUCUGUAACAAUAGAAGAGUCAUCUUUGAUCAGCGAGAAACUUGAGCUUAUCUUAAUGGCUGGAAAGUCAUUCAAUAGCCAUUUAGGCAAAUUAAUAGUUGCUUUGUAUGAAAAUAUCGCAAUCCAAACUGAACUGGAUAAUUUCGAGAAUGUAUCAGAACUUAACGUAAAUAUUGAUGAUGAUUCAAAUAUAAUUCGUAAUAAAGAUUUAUCUCGAUGGUAUUGUCGAGAAUGUAACGAAACAGAAACUCUAUCAACAAGAACUGAAGAAUUAUUUGAUUCAACGAAACAACUUUUAAAUAAUUGUACAAUUACUAUUGGAAAAUCGUUAAAAUAUCGAUAUCUCGAAAAUUUUUCGUAUGCCGAGAAAGAGAUUUACUUUUACAAUGAAUAUCGAUUAAACGAUCAUGAUUAUAUCAUUAAAUUUUAUGGGUAUUCAGUUCAAAAUUGUAAACCCAUACUAUUUUAUGAAAAUGCGACUUGUGAUCUUUUCACAUAUUUCCAAGUAAAUGAUAAUUCUUUUGUGAAUCUUGUUAAUGAUUGGAAAAUAAAAAUUAAAUUAGCAUGGGAGAUAUCUCAGGGAGUUAAAUAUUUACAUAAACAAGGAAUUUUGCAUCUAGAUCUUCGAAGUGCGAAUGUAUUACUGCAGUAUAAUGACACAGAAAAAAUUCUGAUGCCAAGGAUAUCUAAUUUUCUUUGGAGCAAAAGCUUUUCUACUAACAAAAAUUCGAUAUAUUCAAUAAUAAAAAUUCCAAAUAAUGAAAUGAUUUGGAAACGGUGGCAUGAUCCAGAUAGAUUAAGCAUAGAAAACUUUGAACCACAUCAGCCAUCUGAUAUAUAUAGUUUAGGAUUAUUAUUUUGGGAAAUUUUUUGGUGUAAAGCGGAAAAUCUGCCAUUUAAAGGCAUACCAAUCAAGAAACUUUCCAACCAUUUACUAAAUAAUAAUAUAGAAAAAUUGCCCGAAAUGCCUGAAAGGUUGGAGCUUUUAAUAGUCAGAAUGUGGAAAUUAAGGCCAGAAGAUCGUUAUGAUAUUACGACUAUUGAAACAAUUAUGAGUGAUUUAUUUAAAGAUAUACAAGUAAAAGGACUUAUUGAAGAAUCUAUAAAACAUAAAGUUAUUGAAUCAAUAUCAUGGUCUGAAUUUACUUCUCAUAAAAAGAUCGGAUUAGGUCACAUUGGAUCAGUAUUUAAAGCAUAUAGUACUAAGAUUCAAAAAUAUGUAGCUUAUAAACAAAUAUUAAUUUCAUCGGAUAUUCAAUGGGAAACAUUUAAACAUGAACUUUUAAUACAUACUAGAACUCAUUUUUGUGAAAAUAUUAUUCAAGUUUUAGGAAUAAGUAAAA